CGUGUCAUCCGGUCACAUGGACGAGGCCGGCAGUGACGUACCCGGAAAGCCCGAUAAAGAAGUGACGACAGGGGGCGCCUCAAAAUCGGUGAGUCGAUGGGUUUCCACCAUGUUGGUGGGGGAGAGGAGGAAUGGCAACCUUCUGGUACAGCUGGAUCCUAAGCUGCAGGCCCAGCCGGUGGAGUUGUUGCGGCAGCGGUUGAGCCCCGAUGGACUCACCGAGUAUCUGAUCCGUUGGGCGUUGCAGAAUGUGGAGGAAGCGGCGGGGAAUAGCGGAACCGCCUCGCAGACGGAGAGCAAGUCCCCGAAUAUCCUGAUGUGGAUGUCGGCAAAGGAGGUCUACACCAACUGCCCCACCCUGCUGGGCAAACGCAAAUCUGAGGGGCCGGGCACCGCAGAAGAAAAGACUUCCGGUUCUCCUGAUGAGGGGGCUCUGCAGGAGAUGACCGAAGAUGUUCGGAUGCUGGUUCAGAGAGCUGCCAGGCAGAUGUCCCAGCGCUCCGGCCCAGACUCCUCCAUCCUCAACACCAUUCAUGUGCUCAGUGCCUAUGCCACCAUUGGCUCUCUGGCUGAAGUCUUCAAGGAGACGGGGGCUCUGGACCUUCUCAUGAAGAUGCUCUGCCAUCCCGAGAAGCAGAUUCGUAAGAACGCCGGCAAGAUGUUGCGCGCCCUGGCAUCACAUGAUGAAGGGAGUCGGGCCCACGUACUUCUCUCGAUCAGUCAGCAGGAUGGGAUAGAACAACACAUGGAUUUUGAGUCUCGCUACAUGUUGUUGCAGCUCUUUGCUGAGACCACCAGCUCAGAAGAACAUUGCAUCUCCUUCGAAGGGAUACACUUCCCUCAAGUUCCGGGGAAGCAGCUCUUCUCGUUGGUGAAACGUUACUUGUGCGUCACAUCUCUGCUGGACCAGCUGAACAGCGACCGGCCGGAUCGCGAUGAGAUGUCCCGGCUGCAGUGCCAGUUCAAUUUCAGCAUGGCCAUGGGUGGCCUGAUCUGUGAGCUGGUGCGGGUGAUGGGCUGGGCCUCAGAGACGCCCUCUAGAGGUUGGAAAGAGGAUGGCACUCAAUCUUCUUUCUUUAGAAAAGCCUUCCCUCCGUGGCAGAGAGUCUCCCACCGAAAACCCCGAUUCAAGGUCCGAUCAGAUUUCUCCUGCAGAAGUGAUUACAUGGAGUACAUGAAGCGGGUAUUGCUCCCUGGCAUGUCCGUACAGAUGGUGGAGGACUAUGAGCUGCUAAAAGUUGGGGAUGAGGGAGUCUUCAUGCAGAGCAUUAAGGAACUUCUUCAUGUAGAGGUAUACUGGCACAGACUGGGGAACACACAACCUGUAGACUGGUCCAUGGUGGAGAUAAAGAAACACAGUGAGUACAUGAUGGAUAAUGAUAAGAAAGUCAGUGCAAUUGUUGGACAUGAGAUCAAGGAGUCCCCUGAGGGUGCUUGGCAACUGACCAAUAAUGUCAAGUCUGCACUAUUGACAGCUAGGGAUGACAUGUACAUAUCUGUGUGUGUCAAAGGGGGAGAGGGAGUUAGUGUCUGGUGUGUCAGAGGGGCAGAGGGAGUGAGCCUCUGGUGUGUCAAAGGGGGAGAGGGAGUUAGUGUCUGGUGUGUCAGAGGGGCAGAGGGAGUGAGCCUCUGGUGUGUCAGAGGGAGUGAGGUUCUGGGGUGUCAGAGGGGGAGAAGGAGUGAGCCUCUGGUGUGUCAGAGGGGGAGAGGGAGUGAGGAUCUGGUGUGUCAGAGGGGGAGAGGGAGUGAGCCUCUGGUGUGUCAGAGGGGGAGAGGGAGUGAGGAUCUGGGGUGUCAGAGGGGGAGAGGGAGUGAGGAUCUGGUGUGUCAGAGGGGUAGAGGGAGUGAGGAUCUGGGGUGUCAGAGGGUGAGAGGGAGUGAGGAUCUGGUGUGUCAGAGGGUGAGAGGGAGUGAGAAUCUGGUGUGUCAGAGGGUGAGAGGGAGUGAGGAUCUGGUGUGUCAGAGGGGGAGAGGGAGUGAGGAUCUGGUGUGUCAGAGGGGGAGAGGGAGUGAGGAUCUGGUGUGUCAGAGGGUGAGAGGGAGUGAGGAUCUGGUGUGUCAGAGGGGGAGAGGGAGUGAGGAUCUGGUGUGUCAGAGGGGGAGAGGGAGUGAGGAUCUGGUGUGUCAGAGGGGGAGAGGGAGUGAGGAUCUGGUGUGUCGGAGGGGGAGAGGGACUAUUUCGGCUUUAUCUCAAAGCUGCGCCUCCGUUCCCCCAAGUGGCAAUGCUGGCACUAUCAGACGGGAUGAAUGGUGGGAAAUUCUCUUCUUUAUCCAACAGCUGGAGGAGGAGGCUCAGAAGAGAGCGAUAGAGAUUACUGGAGGCUGCUCGGAGAAGGGCUGGCUGCCUCUUAUCCAGAUGUCAGUGUCUGUGGAAGGAGCGCAGGAAAUUCUGGAGUUCAUUGUAAAGAACUGUCCGGACCAUCUUCUAAGCGACCUACAAAGCUCACAUGUCUAUAACAAGUUCUAUGGAAAGGUGAAGCCUCAUAAUACAGCUGGUAUGGGUGACAAUGCCGCCCACACUGCCCCCUCCACCGGCAUAUCACAGGUGGGGGCAGAGGAAGGGGCCCAUGCCGGAUUCUCUGAUCUGCAGAAACUGAACAUGCUUCUUAUGUUGGAGGGGUUGGAGCUUUCGGCGAAAGGAGAAGAGAAGAUGACAGGACUGAUCAGUGACCACGAUGCUGAGAUAAAGAGAUCCCUGGAAAGUUGUCGAGUUCUGUCACCUGGUGUCCGCCAUGUUGGUUUGGAGCAUGACUGGAAAUCUGCUGAUAGGAAUCUGGUACAGGAAGGGGCCCGAGGAACCUCUGGGAAUUCAGCACUCAGUGAGAAGAUGGUCGAUAUGUUGCUGGAACUUCUGACGUCGCAGGUAAAGGACAAGCUGCUGGUGGUGACGUGUCUGCAGUUGACGUACCUGGUCAUGUCCAAGUAUGACUGGCGCAUCCUGUUUGCCACAGAGGGAGGGGUGAAAGCCGUUCUUGAGUGUAUGCAGGAACAUCAAUCCUCUGCUGCCGUCCAGCAUAUAGGGCUUGCGGUCUUGAAGGUGCUGACUGCCGUGGACAGUUGUGAUAUUCAGGUAUCUUCCAGAUGUAACACCCUGAAUCCAGAGGAUGCUCAGGUGAUAAAAGAAAUCUUCUCCAGUAUUGGAUCCGCAGCAAGUGGCACCUCCAGCAGUCUUCUCGGGGCCAUUCCCAGCGCCAUUGUCAAGAUGAUAAGUGUGGAGGGGUGUUUCUCCUCUGUGUACAAUGGUCUCUUGGUCAUCCGAAGGCUGAUGGAGAAUGAUAAGGGUUUAUUUGAGCAGCUGUCCAGUAUGGAGUUGUCCUCCGCCCUCCAGAGCUACUCCGAGGACUCCAGCAAUUUUAUGACUGAGCCUCAGCGCCAGCUACUGUCUCUGCUGCUGCACUGCCACCUUUCUAGAAUGAAAGCGGGAGCAUUACAAGGACAUGGUAAGAACCAUCGGAGAGCGCUUAGCUGUGUCACGUCUUUCCUAUGUGCUCCAGGUCUGGCAGUCCAGGAUAUGGAUCUCCCGUCUUUGCUGAGUAGUCUGAAGGACAUUCGGAUGUGUCGGGAAAUGCUGCCCGCUCUGGAACGAUGUGUUUAUGAUGGCGUCUCCUCACUACGUUGUGAUGUUCCUCAACUUCUCACCGACCCCAACUUCUUCCUGCAGCUCCUCUCCUGUCUGGAACAGCUGAGGGGGGAGAAACAUCUGCAGCUCUGUGUGUACAGGAUCCUAAAUAAGGCCUUACAUUUGUAUGAAGAGGACGCCCUUCCCUGGCACAAGUCUAUUUCACCGAGCCUGAGAAUUCUGGGAGCUUCUGGAGGGGACAGAGAGGUCUUCCAGGAGGUGGUCCGCUUCCUGCACAGCUUGGCGGCGGCUAGUAAGGAUUGCGCCAUGGUCAUGUGUGGUCUCAGGGCAGGAGAUAUUCUGAAUAAAACACUGGACAAGCAGAAUUCUGAUGAGUGGACGUCGAAACUCGGAGACCUCCUGAAAGCCUGUGAGAUGUACACCGAUGUACACCACAAGAUGGCAGCCUGCGUUGUGGCUGGAUGUAUGCAGACUGUCCUCGCUCAGAUAGAUGAACACAGGCUCCGCUAUCAGAAAUUGACCGUUCCUCUCCUGGAUGUGUUCCUGCGAAGUCUGGCUGGAGGUGAGCCAUACACCAAGAAAGAGCAGAAGGAGGACAAAUGUUGGGAGAAGAUGGAAGUCUCCUCCAAUAUUCAUCGUGCCAACAGACUGACAGAUGGAAACUCCAAAUCUUACUGGGAGUCGAGCGGGAGCACCGGAUCCCAUUACAUCAACAUCUACAUGCACCGAGGGGUGGUGAUCCGGCAGCUGGCGAUGGUUGUGGCCAGUGAAGAUUCCAGUUAUAUGCCGGCACGGGUGGUCGUGAUGGGAGGAGAGAACUCGUCCAACAUUAACACAGAGCUGAUCGUGGUGAACAUCGCCAGCACGGCCGGACGUGUCCUUCUCCUGGAAAAUGUCACUCGCUACUGGCCCAUCAUUCAGAUCAAGAUCAAGAGGUGUCAGCAGGGUGGUAUUGACACGCGUGUGCGGAGUGUGGAGAUCCUGGGGCCCAAGCCAACUUUCUGGCCGGUGUUUAUGGAGCAACUUUGUAGAAGAACUUUCUUAUUCUACACCAGCAGAGCGCAUAGCUGGGGGCAGGAGAUCCGCGACAAGAAGGAGAACUUACUACAACUCUUCAGCCGACUGAACCGGGCAUUGUCACAUGAGCAGGAGUUUGCAGACCGUUUUCUUCCUGACGACGAGGCAGCUCAGGCUUUGGGCCGGACGUGCUGGGAGUCGCUGAUUUCCCCCCUGGUGCAGAGUAUCACUACCUCAGAUCCCGGAAGAGUUAGUCCUUUUGGGUGGCUCCUCACACGUUACCUGGAGAACAGUCAGGGUUCUCGUCAACCCAAGUCCCGAUUGUCGGUCUUCAAUUCCCGAGUGCGGAGAUUGACUCAUCUCCUGGUCCAUGUGGACACCAGCCCCCCCGAUACCAGUGCACUGAAGCCGCCCAGUAAGACCAGUGAACUUUCUACAGAUGAGGAGAACCCCAGCACCACCAGUGUUCCAGUGAGUGCCUCCAGCUGUAGGAUGGGGAGUAUGGCCGGAAUGGCUCAGUGCUGGCAGGGGGUGGUUCAGCAGCAGGUGCAACGCUUUUUGGAGAUGUCGUGGAAUGACGUUGAUCUGGUUCCUCGCUUCUGUUCCAUGUACAUGGCUCUCAGACGGGCCAUGGAGGAGAUAUUUGGUCAGCAGACACGGUUUUUACUCGCUUUACAGCAAGGAUUCUGCCAGGGGCUGUUACAGCUUUCAUUCCUGACCGCAUUACAUGUGACGGAGCAGUUUGCACGGUACAUUGAUCAGAGGAUAAUUGCUAUUCGAUCAGACUCAUCAGAUGUCCAAUCUUUGAAGCAGCUUCGGCAGUUCCUGGAAUGUGUGCUUUUUAUGUCCGAUCUGGAACUCGCUAAUUCAUUUGAGAAUUUUUAUAGGCAUUAUCUGGCUGACCGUCUGUUCACACUUGGACCGUGCUGGUUGGAGAAUUCUGUGGUCGAUCACAUUGGCAUUUGUUUCCCAAACCGCUAUCCUCAACAAAUGCUGAAAAACCUGCAGGAGGCAAAAGAUCUUCAGAGAGAAGAACAUCUAUACCGACUGCAGCAGCUGGACAAUGCAAUCAUAUCGGAGGAUGAGGAGGGGAUGGUGAGAGAGGAAUGGAUGGGGUAGACGUGUAUUCUGGUGGAGGAGGGGAUGGUGGCUUUGGAAAAUGACGGGAAGGAGGACAAUGUGGAUGUGGAGGUUUGUGUCCUCUCCUCGCAGUGUUGGUCUUUCUCCACUCGCUGUUUUAUGGACAAUCCUCAGAAAUAUUUUUCCCGUGCUCUGGCUCGCCAUCUGUUGAGUUUCUCCAACUUCUUCAGGAAGUGUCCGUCUCUUCCAGGCUCCUCUUAUAUCGGUCAGUCACAGCGGCUGCAGUGGACGUGGUUGGGAAACGCGGAGCUGCAGUACUGCGGUCUCACGCUCCGGGUCUCCACUCUGCAGAUGUUCAUAUUGCUGCAGUUUAACCAGCAGGAGAAAAUCUCGGAGGAGGAGAUUGCGAAUUGGACGGGAGUGUCUGAUGGUCUCUUGAGGACUUCUCUGGAGCCUCUCACAGCUAAGGGAGGGAUUCUGGCUAUACGUGAGAACACAGGAUGCUUGUGUCUAGAUACAGUGGCCUUCUGUGAUCGAACAGGUACAGUUCUUACUCUGAGCCCUACAAGGGUGGAUGGGAUCCCAGACAUCUCCAGUGUGGAGGAGAAGAGGCAACUCAUACUAGGACUGGUAGACCAAGUCAUGAAGGAAGAGCGCUCUAUCCAUAUUGACGCACUGGUGGCAAAGGUGAUCAGUGAUUUCCAGAAACAGAACGACGCACCUCCUUUUCCAUUGCUUAGCUGCAAUGCCACUGAUGUGCUGUCCUGUGUAAUGUGCCAACUUAGGGAAGGAGCCAUCUACAGGAAGACAACCAGUCCACUAAUCCUUGUCUGUAAAGAAGAGUCUCCUCCAUCCCCCCCAACGCUUAUCCCUCUCCUGUCACACAGUGAGCCUGUGACGCCCAUCCCACCACAAGUGUCAGAGUUCUGCAGCGUCCGAAAAAUAACCAACAACAUUGGAACAGAGCCAGAGGAGAGACCAAUGUUUCGGACAUUCAGAUAUCUGGAGUAG